AUGUUGCGAUGCUCCGUUCGCUUUUCCGUUCUUCUGAAAAAUUCGCCGCAACGACUGACAAUCAGAAGCACAACUUCUGCGCCGGCGAAAGCAGGAGGUACAGCGAUUUCUACCAAAAGUCAAUAAUUUGAAUUUCUCGCUUUCAGAGAGCUUUUCCCAGAAAGACUCAUUGAAAACUAUUGAUCCAGUGGAGAGCUACACCGCGUUUGGGAACAUCCGCCAGAAUAAAGAUGUUUUCCAUUAUACCAACAGGUACUUUCUUGGAAAACCGCCAACUAAAUACGAUUUCGUCUUCAGAGACAGCGGCCGUGGCUACUCGCACUAUUCGACGACGGUUUACCAGCAUCGUCCGUACAUUUGGCCGCCGCUGAGGAAGUUGUACAACUGGAAUUACGUGAUGGUUCUCGCUGGAAUGGCAAUUCUGAUGAGCGACUUUGAAUGGUAUCUUGUGAGAAAAACUGCCCGCUAACCGGAUAGCAUUUUCAGGCUGAAAGAGCAGAUUAAAGGUGCAUCCACCACGUUCCGCCCUGAAGCGUCUCAGAAAGAAGUGAGCAGCUCCUGCUAGUCCUUCUAAUACCAGCUUGUGUGUUGUGAUUUCAAGAUAAAAUAGUCAGUUUCAGUUUUCUGAAUUUAGUUCUAAUUAAGUAUUUUGAAUUCGAGGUUUCCUUCUCAAUUUUAUUUUUAAAAAAAUUAAUUUUACAGGAACAACCAUCAAAUGGCGGUGAAGUGGAAGAAGCCAAGGAGAAACCGAAAAAGCAGAAACUCGGGUUCAGAGAAAGACGAAUCAUAGAAUACGAAGACAGACUACGAUUGUACUCGACACCAGAUAAGAUUUUUAGAUACUUUGCAACUCUGAAGGUAAAAAAAAUGUUUUUUCAAAUUACAACCAGAUAAGGUUUUUGCAGAUAAUCGAUCCAAAUGACGAGAGUGGUCGUGUUUUCGAAGUGUUCAUGACUCCGGAAGAUUUUCUCCGCUCGUUCACUCCCGGUGUGAUGCAGCCAAGACGUUGGGGUCUCGACAGUUUCAAGUCCUAUAAUCCAGAGGUUUGCAUGGGCUAUCAAGAUUUUUCAUCCCAGUUGUUUCCAGAAACAUCGCCGUCAUAAGUUUUCCGAUCCAAACAGCAUUUUCUACAAGCUCGGCGAGAACGGACUUAUCAACUUCAGCGAUUAUUUGUUUCUCAUGACUUUACUUUCAAGUAUUCAUUGCACCAUAGUAGCAAAAGUCACCAUCUCUUUUCAGCAUCCCAUGCCGAUUUCGCACUCGCUUUUAAAAUCUUCGACGUGGAUGGAAAUGGAUCACUGGAUAAGGAGGAGUUCACAAAAGUGCAGCAACUCAUUAUGUCGCAAACAACAGUUGGACAACGUCAUCGUGAUCACGUCACACCGAACACAUCGUACCGGGUCGAGACGAACUCCGCGUUGGAAGCCUAUUUUUUCGGAAAGGAUGGAAAAGGCAGUUUGUCAUCGGAGAAGUUUAUUGAGUUCCAAGAGCGCCUCCAGCAUGAUAUUCUCAAAAUGGAGUUCGAGCGUAGAGAUGCGAUGGAUACUUCUGAUGGUCUCAUUACCGAAGAAAGUUUUGCACAGCUCCUCCUUCUUCAUGCACAGAUUGGUGAGAAGAAGCAGAAGCACAUGUUGAAGCGAGUUAAGCGCAAGUUCAAGGGUGAAAACGCGAAGGGAGUCAAUUUCGAAGAGACGAAGGCAUUCUUUGAAUUCCUUUAUCAUAUUGAUGACGUUGACAUUGCUCUUCAUUUUCACAAGAUGGCAGGAAUGUCAAUUGACGGCAAAUUGUUAAAACGAGUUGCCGUGAAAGUGACGGGUAUUCCGCUCUCGGACCACGUUGUCGAUGUGGUCAUCACUCUGUUCGAUGAUAACCUGGAUGGGAAGCUGUCACACGAAGAGAUGAUCGCAGUGAUGAGAAGACGGAUGCGCAGAGGAUUGGAACGACCAAGAGAUACAGGCCUUUUCCGGCUGUUUGAUGCAAUGCUCGAAUGCGGAAAAAGAGCAUAUCAUGCUAGUCCUCUCCCAUUCUAUUAG